CCCGCAUCUAACAUUUGCCUGUUGUUGGCUCUUUCCCUGAACUUCUAUUCCACUUGAGAUGCUCGUUCAUAAGCUCUAUUCUUCCUUCCGCAAUGCAGCAUUGUCUUCUAUAGCCCACUCAAAACCUUCCUCGUACAUUACGCGCUUCAAAGCUUCACCGCGACUGCCGCCAGCUUCGAGCCCGCAUAAACAAUACCAGCUUUUUAGCACACAGACCGCCCUUAAGAUGUCUUCCGACCUUUCCGUCGAAUUGACAGCCCCCAAUGGCGUCAAGUACACCCAGCCCAUCGGCCUGUACAUCAAUGGCGAGUUCGUAAAGAGCAGCAAUGGCCAGAAGAUCGAGACGAUCAACCCGACCAACGAGACCGCGAUUACUUCCGUGUACGCAGCCACCGAAGACGAUGUCAACGCUGCAGUUGCCGCAGCUCGCGCCGCCUUCAAGAACCCCACUUGGCGCGACAUCCCCGCCACGGAUCGCGGGACGAUGAUGUUCAAGCUUGCUGAUCUCAUCGACAAGCACGCGGAGACGCUGGCCACUAUCGAGACAUGGGACAAUGGAAAGCCAUAUAGUGUGUCCCUCAAUGACGACGUUGCGGGCAGCGCCACGGUCUUAAGAUACUAUGCCGGCUACGCGGACAAGAACCAUGGCCAGACCAUCGAUGUUGGUGCCGAUAAGCUUGCAUAUACUAUCAAAGAACCUGUCGGUGUUUGUGGUCAGAUUAUCCCGUGGAACUUUCCGCUCGAGAUGGCGGCUUGGAAGCUGGGACCGGCAUUGGCGUGUGGUAACACGGUUGUCCUCAAGGCAGCUGAGCAGACCCCGUUGUCCAUUCUAUACAUGGCUAGCUUGUUUAAGGAGGCUGGUUUCCCGCCGGGAGUUAUUAAUAUUAUUAACGGACAUGGGAGAGAGGCUGGAAAGGCUCUUGCGAGCCACUUGGAUGUCGAUAAGAUUGCGUUCACUGGUAGCACCACUACUGGUAAGGAGAUCAUGAAGAUGGCAUCCAUUAACAUGAAGAACAUUACUCUCGAGACCGGCGGAAAGUCUGCGUUGUUGAUCUUCGACGACGCUGAGCUGGACCAAGCCGUCAAAUGGGCUCACAUCGGCAUUUUCUACAACCAGGGUCAAGUCUGCUGCGCCACAUCCCGCAUUCUCGUCCAGGAGGGUGUCUACGACAAAUUUGUCGCCGACUUAACCAAAUACGUCUCCGAGAUCCAAGUCGUCGGUGACCCCUUCGCCGCAACCACCAGCCAAGGCCCUCAGAUCACCAAGGUACAGCACGAGCGCGUUCUCGGCUUCGCCCAGUCCGGCAAGGACCAAGGCGCAAAGCUGGUCUGUGGUGGAGAGAGCUUCACAGACGUUGGUGACGGAAAGGGAUACUUCGUCAAGCCCACCAUCUUCUCGGAUGUCAAGCCCGAGAUGGACAUCUACAAAGAGGAAGUCUUUGGUCCCUUCGUGGUCAUCGCAUCUUUCAAGACCGAGGAGCAGGCUAUCCAGAUGGCCAACGACUCGAUCUAUGGCCUGGGAUCAGCUGUUUUCACGCAGAAUAUCCAGCGCGCGCAUGGUAUUGCGAGGAAGCUGGAGGCGGGCAUGGUAUGGAUCAACUCCAGCAAUGACAGUGACUUCAGGGUGCCAUUUGGAGGUGUGAAGCAGAGUGGUAUUGGUAGGGAGCUUGGAGAGGCGGGACUGGCAGGAUAUACGAACUCGAAGGCUGUGCAUGUUAAUAUCGGAACUAGGUUGUAAAGUGAUUGAGGGGUUGAGGAAUGGUGGAAUGGUGGAAUGCCUUCCCUGAAAAGGGGUAUUUAUCGUUUCACGUGAUGUUUUGGGAGGCCAGCUUGGACAAAUUAUUGUACAUUUGAAUCAGCUGGCUGGAUAUAGAUGUCCCGUAGUACUCUAUGAUUUAGCACUAUUCUAGAGGGACUAUAAUAUCAUCCAUCUAGCAUAUGUAUAAUGAAGACUGGGUAAAGAAGAGGGGGUAGACGACCUCCGGCUUUUACUUAGCUGCUACUAGGCCCGCAAUAAAUCUAUAUACCCUAUAGAUUAACAUUAGGUUUAGUUUAUGUUACUACUACUCCUUCUUUUUAGCAUAGGAUGUCAACCUCAGAGCUAGUUAAUGCAAAAGGAAACGAAGAGAUAAUCCUAGCUUAGACGACGACGAUCUUAAAGUUGACAUUAAUACGGG